AUGGCCGGAUUCGGCUUCACCACCAAGCUGGAGACUCCUAGUCGUGGAUAUUUGCCACCAACCCGUGACGCCAGCUGUGCCAAUUGCGAGGCUCGCGGCGAGGACAAGCGAUUAUUUGUGUGCCGCGACUGCUAUGCUGCCGGCCGGCACAAGGUUCCGGAGGUGUUCCAAUGCCGUUUCUGCUCGGAGUCGUGCUGGGAGACGGCGAUGCUUAAAUCCCACCGGCUUCUUCAUCAACAUAUGAGCGAGGAGCAGCUCGAGCAAAUCCAACACCCAAAUCCAUUGGCU